AAAAUCUUUUAAAGAGAGGGAACUCUGUAAUUUAAUAUUUUCUCCCCACCGCUCAUUGGAAGGCCCUAAGGCCAAGGCCCAGACCAAACACAACACAAAAUCUUCUUCUAGACAAUCAGGUGGUAAGAGAAGAGAGGGUUUAAGGUUAAACCCAGGUACAACAGAAUAGAUGGCUCUAAGAUCGGCGGCAGCAGCGGCACCUCGCGGAAUAUCACGGUUGUUCUCCACGAUUUCAACUUCUCAUUUCGUUCCUCCGCCGUCCCCUGCUGCCGCUCAGGCUCGGGAGAAGGCUGAGCCCAGCACCAACCUCUUCGUCUCUGGACUCAGUAAACGCACAACAACAGAAAAACUGCAGGAAGCCUUUUCUCAGUUUGGAGAAGUUGUGCACGCUAGAGUGGUGACUGAUCGUGUAUCUGGAUAUUCAAAGGGUUUUGGUUUUGUAAAAUAUGCUACCUUAGAUGAUGCCGCGAAAGGUAUUGAGGGUAUGGAUGGAAAGUUUCUUGAUGGUUGGGUCAUAUUUGCAGAGUAUGCAAGACCUAGACCUCCAUUCGGCCAACACGAAAACAACAUGGCUUCUCCAUAUGGUCGUCAGUGACUCCUAAACUUGAAGAGACGUGGUUCUUUAUUUAUUUUGCAUCCAUCAAUAUCAUUUUUUAUCAUUAUAUAGCUGACAAUCUUAAUUUGAAGGUUGAUUACUCUCCAUCAUGGCAGUUUUAAGUUUGGGAGAGCAUCAUAUAUAAACCAAGAUUGAAUAGGUAAUAUAUGGUCAUCACAUUGUCAUUCAUAAGAAAUUUUGUAUGCAGAGCUGUUUGUUUCAUGAACAUUUAUAAGGAUUUGAACUAUGUGUAAAAGUAGAGACUCAAAGCUUAGAUAAUGGAUAGAUUUGCUCAGAUCUGGGCUUGUCUUUGUUUUA